AUGGUUCAGAUUUGUAUCGAAGAACCGUCGUGUUUAUUUACGAUUCGUGUCACGACAUACGAAGCGUUGAUUCAAGCGAUUGUUCGUCGAGUGAAAACAACGAAAAUUCUACCGUUGUAUUACUUCGAUAAGAAGACGAAUGUUUAUGUUCAGUUAGAUGAAAAUGAUGUCCGUCCGUUUCAACGUACUACGCAUGUCAAAAUCCGGUUAGGAAAGAAACAAUCUGCACCAUAUGAAGGUGAAUUAAAUGAUGAAGGAGAAAAACAUGGAUAUGGAAUGUAUCGUUGGUCAAAUGGUCGAACUUAUGUUGGACAAUGGUAUAGAAAUCAAAUGGAUGGAGAUGGAGUCGAAUCUUGGCCAAAUGGUUCGAAAUAUCAAGGACAAUUCAGAGGUAAUAAACGACACGGACGGGGAACGUUUACUUGGGCAGAUGGUCGACAAUAUAUCGGAGAAUAUCGAAAUGAUUAUCGACAUGGAUAUGGAAUUUGUACAUUUCCAAAUGGUUAUAAAUAUGAAGGACAAUGGUGGCAAGGAAAGAAACAUGGACGAGGAAUUGAGAUUUUUCCGGAUGGACAUCGUUAUAAUGGAGUUUUUCAAGAUGAUAAAUCACUUGGACUUGUUUCAGAAGAAAGUUGA